AAAUACUGGCCAGAACUGAACUGGCCUCAGGUGUACAAGCCUGCACUGGAAAUGCUUACCAUUCUGCUACAGUCAAAGAAACAUUUGUUUCUGGAUGAGAUGAUAACAUUCAUAGGAAUUCAUGAGGAACACGUCACUGCUUGCGUUAUGGACGUUCGUCACUCGCUGGACAAGUGGUCUUUGGAUCUGGCCGUGACGGCCCUCACGCUGAUUCGAGAACUCUCACAAUUCAAGGACAUGUGGAGACUUGCUCAUGAGAAGUCCAUGUUUGCCGUAGUGAAAGCUGUAAUGGUGUGUCUCAGUAGCUGUGUAUCAUAUUUGAUUCAUCCAAGAUUAUUGAAGAUCAUGGUUGAGAAACCACCGAUAGCUUCGACGCAACAUCUCAAAGCUAUGGUGAUGGAAGAUCCAGAUAUUUCACCACAUCUGAUCAAUAUUCAGAACAGGUUGUUGGAUAUAGUAUGCCUCUGCAUGGCUACCUUGAUGCCAUACACUCCCAGCGUCGUAAGUCUGCUCACGGACUUCAGAGAGUGUGAGGUGGAGUGGGAACCUCUCGUGAAGAUUACUUUUACGGAACCAGCGCUGAGCUUCAGCAGGCCUUCCCCGACUCUGUCGCAGGAAGUACUACCCUCUUUAACAUUUGGCUCGCUGAUUGCAUUUGCCAAUAUCUGCACUUCAGCUCUUGGCAAAGUAAGUGUGUGUUGACAGUAUCCAUCUUAC